GGACGGUAUACCGGCCGUGCCGCGAAGUCUCUUGCCUUCCGCCGCCGUCGAUCCAUCUGAAAGAUCGUGCUUCGUCUCCCCUCCCCACAGGCUGCCGAUCGACGACCCCCGGCAUCCCCAGAUCUCAGGUGUCCCCCUGGCGUGUCGAUCUCUGCAAAGAGACAGACGUUCUGGACUGCGCGAUGGUCAAGAUGGCGAUUCUACCUCGCCGCCCCGAACAUGUGGAUGUCCUCACGAUCCCAACGCCGCCUCUGCAGCAAGCUGCCCUGUUCGUCAUCUUCUUCUUCACGGCCUUGGCUUUUGUCACAUACAGCCUCAGAGCCUACACACGGCUCCGGACGCGGACAUGGGGUCUCGACGACUAUCUGGUUUCCUGCGCCAUGAUCUUCUCGCUCAUGAUGAUCGGGCCCUUCUACAUGUACAUCAAGCUCGGCUACUUUGGCUGGCAUUCAGAGGAUGUGCCGAAGUUUGAUCCGGCCCCUGGCAUGUGGUGGUUCUACCUUGCCCAGCUCUUCUACAACCCGAUCCUGGCCUUCGUCAAGGCCUCGGUGCUGUGCUUCCUGCUACGUCUAGGUGGCCAGAAGCCUGGAGUCAAGUUCGCCAUCCACUUCCUGAACGCCUUCAACGGUCUCCAAGCCAUUGCUAUCUUCCUCGUCGCCGCCCUGCAGUGCUUGCCCAUCGAGGCCAACUGGGACUUUGCCCUCAAGGCGGACCCCAAUACGAAAUGCGUUGACAACUCGUUCCACGUCACCAUUUCUUGCAUCACCAUCGUUACGGACAUCGCCGUUAUCGCCUUGCCGUUCUGGAUCUUCUUGGGUCUGAAGAUGCCCAAGGCCGCCAAGGUUGCUGUGCUGGGCAUCUUCAUGCUCGGUCUUGCCGUCACAAUCAUCGGCAUCGUUCGUCUCCAGGGUGUUAUCCGACUCUUCUACAUCCCCCAAACCUCGAAGGACCCCUACUACGACAUCACCGUGACGCUCUCCGUCGUCGAAGCCAACGUGGCCAUCGUAUCGGCCUCGGCCCCGGCCCUCCGCCCGCUCUUCCGCUCCCUCCUGCCCGGCCUCUUCGGCGGCAGCAGCGCGCGCUACGGCGCCCACAACAAGUACAACUACCCCAACAGCAACUCGCCCCACCACCACUCCCGCCACUCGCACCACCACCACAACGGCGGCGCCAACGACUCGUCGGUCGGCCCGCCACACAGCAGCAUCCGGCUCAAGAGCCUGCGCGGCACGGGAAAGAGCGGCCACGCCGAGUGCCGCAGCAUCAGCCCGAGCGGCUCCGAGGAGGAGAUCAUGACCUACAACGGCAUCAUGCGCACCACCGACGUGCAGGUCCACUUCGAGGGCGACCGCGAUAGCCGUGUCCACGGCCACGGCCACGGCCACGGCACCCUGCGAACGGGGGAUACCACGGAUGUGGAGAUGUCGAGCCGCGCGUCGAGUGAUCUAAAGGCGGGUGGGAAGGAGCAGGUGGAGAAGAGGACUUUGUGA